AUGGUUAUGUUGAUUUCAACCGCAAAGGAGCAUUGGCUCCUAGACAACAUUCAAUUGGUCAACUGCACAGCAGGUCAUUUUCCUACCAAGUGUCCCGCAUUCCGGCCUCGGGGCUUGGCCGAAAACGCAAGGCUGCGACCAGCAUUAUUUCGGCGAACCGUUCCCUCGCAGUGGCCAAUAAUCGUCAAGGCCAUGGUUACACGUAUCUACCACCGUAGCCAGCUAUCAGCAAGGGCAAUUAAUGGCCAGGCGCUUAACAAUGCUUGGGGAGAUAUGAAUUCUCAAGAACGCAGCCGAUCGAGAGUAAAGUAG